UCCGGUAUGUUACGUGUUACUUUCAUUUUUAACACGGAAGAGAGGCACUUUACUGGAGUCUAUAUUGAAUUUUAUUAAAAAAAAAAAAAAAAUGAAUUUCCACUUUAUUUUGCUAUCAGUGUACUUAUUUUUUCCUGAACAUGGGAGAUCUGGUGUUGAGACCGAUGAAGUGCUGGUGUUAGUGAUGGAGGGAGAUUCAGUCACUCUUCACACUGGUAUUAAAAAAACCCAGGAAGACAGAAUCAGAUGGUAUUUCAAUGAGACUCGCAUCGCUCAAAUUAAUGGAGAUCCCAGUAAGACCUGUACAGAUGUCCAGUGUAAUGAAGGAACUGAGAGAUUCAGAGACAGACUGAAGCUGGAUCAUCAGACUGGAUCUCUGACCCUCAGGAACACCAGAACCACAGAUUUGGGAGUUUAUCAACUGAAGAUCUUCAGCAGCAGCAGCAUCAGAGAAAAGACAUUCAGCGUUUCUGUCCGUGGUGUUUCUGCUGCUGAACGAGAAGAAAUGAUGAGAAAGUCAGUGAAGGAGGGAGAAUCUGUCACUUUAGAUCCUGCCGUAAUGAAGAACCCAAAUGAUGUGAUGACGUGGUAUUUUAAUGACACUCGCCUCGCUCAGGUCACCGGAGAGCCCAAUAAGACCUGCACAGAUUUUCAUUGUCCUGAGAGAUUUAGAGACCGACUGAAGCUGGAUCUUCAGACUGGAUCUCUGACCAUCACAAACACCAGAACCACAGACUCUGGACUUUAUAAACUACAGAUCAGCAGCAGCGGUCAUCGUCGUCGCCGCAGCAUCAGCAGUGUGAAGAGCUUCGACGUUACUGUCAUCAAUUCAGGUCUGUCUCCAGCUGCUGUAGCAGGAGUAUGUGUUGUUCUUCUGCUGGCGUCUGCAGCAGCUGCUGUGAUUUACCAUCGCCACAGGAGGACAUUCGUGCCAGAUUCAGAAUCUUCUCACUCAAUGACAAAGCACCUUACCUUUUAACUUCUUCUUAUGAAACUGUGAAAUUGCCUGUAACUGGAAGCAUACCAUGGUUAUAAAAUGUUUACACACCUCUGUUACAGUUUUAGGCUUUUAAGAUGUACGGAAUUAAUCCAACUUAAAUCAUAUAAGAUAUUUUUCAUCCUUUAAUGCAGCAUUAAAACCAUCUAAGGUAAAUAGACACUUUCAAGAACAAAUGUAAGAACCUUUCCUGGACCUUUCCCCUUCUGAAGCCAGUCUUUAUUCUCUUAAAAUGUUCUUCAUCUUCAGAUGUUAAUGGAGGCCUGCAGGUUUUAUGUCAAAUGGUCUGUGAUGUGGUUUCAUCAGACAGUUUAAGAUAUAGUCUCGGGGGCCUUACACACUGAACCUGUUAUCUGUUCCACUGCCGUACUUUCUGAAUGUUUUCUGUGUAAUCACAAGCUAGACAGACGUGUUUGACUGCAGCACUCACAUAUUUAACAACAUUCAUUACAUUCCCCACUUCUACUCCUCGCGUCUCAUUUUUUUAAAAAGUAAAAAUGUAUUCAAUGUGAAUGGUCCCUUAGGUGUUUCUUUUUUUGUUAAAUAAUGACCUCCGUCUGGCCACCCGACCCCAUACGGCCCAGAAAUGUGUUGAAUGCACAAUGUUGUUUUCACAUGCAGCAAAUGACCAGUUAUUUUUGCACACUUUUAUUUUAUUGGUUCCUACCGUUUCAAAACUAGAUCUCCAAUAUGUCUUUUGUGAGCUCUUGGCAGGCCAUGGCUUCAUCAAUAAGAUGCAAACAAGAAUAUAAUGAGAAAAUCUUACAGAAAUGUUGAAACAUUUCUGAUAUUAUCUGCAAUUUUAACAGCCACUGCAGUGGAUAACUGUGUAUCUGUGUGAUGAUCGAGGCAAUCUGACUUCUGUUAAUAGACUAUUGUUGGUUAACAGGUUUUGUAUUUUUAUGAUUCAUUUUCUGGUCUUUGAACAAAAAAAUAGCAUUAUAAUUAUAAAGUGUUAUAUCAUUGAAUUGUAUACUGUAAAGAUAACAUUGAAACUUCUGCAUUUGUACUGUUAAAGAAGCCAGCGGUUUAUUCUGGAAGUGACAAUCCCUUUUUUCAAUAGAGAAAUU